AGUCCAACACAUUCAACUCGCGCUAGAACUUAGUUCAUCACUCUAAAACUCUAAAACCUUCUGCCAACAACUCUGGCGUUUGCUAAGAAAAACAUCGCGAUACGCAUCAAAAUUUUCAUCUUCCAAGAUCUUCCUGCUAACUAAACAAAGGACUCUUCGUGCGUGGCUAGUAAGUCCUAACGAGAAAAGAAAAAUGUCGGCCAACAACAUGAACUCCUCCUCUGUCUCGACUGAGGUCGCUGCCUCUGAGGUGGUCACCGCGGCUUCGACCAUGGUCACUGUGGCUUCGACCAUUGAGUUUUCCGCUAAUCCUGGCAAAAUCAACGACGCAGCUGGCUUUAUGACUGUUGCCCGUGACGCUGUAAAGCAGACUGAACCCGGAACCAAAUUGUGGCUUGGCCUGAAGCAUUUUCCGGUUAAGGAACUCGGUCAAGAGCUCACUCCCGAAGAGAACAAUGACAAGUUUGGCAUCAUUGAUUUUUUCGUAAAUGAUGAAGCGAAAGCAGCCCACUUCGGUGGUGAAGUUCCGAAAGCCGUGAAAGCUAACGACGAGACUGAAGAACCGAUUGUGAAGGGUGGUCUGAGCGCCAUUGUAGCUUCUGCUAAGGGCUGGAAACUACUUGCUGCUCCGAAAAACGAACAGGAAAAGCUUGAGAAAGUUCAAUUCGUGUCUUACAUCCCCUUCAAAGCUGGCUCCGCAGACCAAGUCGAAAAUGUGAAGGGACUCUUACUUGCUGGCCUCAGCCUCGUUCAAGAGCAUGAAUCCGGUACUCCGUUUUGGGCAGCCGUCCAAAAUCAGGAAAAUCCAGAAGAGUUUGCGAUUUUAGACGCCUUUGAUGACAUUGAAGCGGUAAAGGCGCACUUCCUGGAGCCAGCUAAAGUGCCAACUGCGGUUCAAGGGGCCUUGAAGGAAAGCCCGGAAUUGAUCAAGGAUGGAUGGGAAAAGGGCGUUGUGGCGAACAUUCGCGUGUUUCGAGUAUUGGCGGUGAACGCGGAGUUGUGAAUGUGAGCAGUACCAAAGAGAGUACUUACAGUACCAAAGAGAGUACUUACUUAUAAUCAAAAGUGAUGUAGUGCUUGUACUAAUUUCUUGUUGAAGUUAAAAGUUGAAAGAAGAUGCAGAAGCAAGUUACAAGAACGCGGUAUAAUACAAAUACUCAAACAAAGCACUUAAGUCUGAAGAUGGUUGCUAACAUAACAACUGCGGCCCACUUGAGUUGAUCGUAUUUGUUCCUCAUCUGGAAGUAGAGUAGAAUUAGGAGGAGAAACUGCGUAGCAUUGUGUUGGUGCGGCCUAAUAUUUGUUUUGAAUCGUUUUGGGAAAAAUAUUUAGUUUUGGAUCGAUGAGGGGAUGAAGGUACUUUUUGGAUAGUAGUAAGUAAGUAUGUAGUGAGUGGUCGUAAAAAAGUCGUACAACACGUAAUGAAGAAGUGACUAAAUCUCUUUACCAAGUGAUGUGAUCCGAUUUUUUCCUAGAGGAAAAGCAAAUCAAUGUCAAAGUCAAGAGCGAGAAUGUACUAUAUGAGUUCGUGCUAGAUCGUUGUACUAGUAGGACCAGAAGAAGAAGAAGUAUAUCCUAUCAAGAUAUAGAAAGCAUCUGAAAAAGCAGCUCCUGCUGGAUUUUUGAUCGCUCUUGGAAUCGAUGCUGAUAAGGUCCACACUCAAAAAACCUUCGAUGUGAAAGUUGUGGAACCCACCAGUAUCCAAAAACCUUAUAUUUGUGGUCAUAUUUAUUGAGGCGUCUACCAGAUCUGAAGCUAUGGGUCUACACAUCAUAGGCUGAAAAAUUAUACGAGGACAUGAACCGCAGGAGCGCAGACGAAGAAAGUGUUGAGUAUGAAAUUAAUAAAGUGUUGAUAGAACCGCUUAGAGUGGUUACACGAAGCC